CAGUAGUCUGUACUCACUACCACCAUUUUGUUAGUCAAUUAGUUUAUAUUGUCUGCAAACUCCUCCUUCCAUCUCUUCUAUAUCUCCUUGAGUUCAUUUUAGAUUCAUUAAUAUUACAAAGAUCCUCACACACUAACAUACACACACAUAUGGCUUCCUUCAUGCCUUUCACCAACAAAAAUCUUGACAUAUUCAUGUGUGUUUUGAGGCCGACGGUCGCCGUUCUUGAUGACCUUGUCGAUACUUUGAAACACUUCUCUUUCUUUACUGAAAGCCUUGGUUGCAUUCAUUCUUCCAUCUUCAAAAGCAUCCAUGGCAACAUGAUUAUAUGGUAUGGAGCAUGGAUCAAGAGAUCUAAUAACAAGGAACUCCUACAUGAAGCUCUUUUUUCAUCACUGAAGAAUCUACAUAACAUGGCCAUUUUAGUUGACCAUAGCUUUAUGGUCGCCUAUGGUGGUGAGGCAAGAGACGGGUCUCCGGCCGCAAAGUUUUCAACCGGCGAUACUAUAUGUUUUACCUGUACCCAUCUCCCGUCUAACACCAAAAUGAAGGAGCAUGACUUUGUGCACGCAUGUUUUUCCAUAUUUCAAUCUUGUUUCCUUAGGAUGGAUGGUACCAUCGCCGGCGUUUGCUUAAUGUGCACAACGAGACCUAUGAUGAUCAAUUUCUGUGUGUGGAAGAAUUUGCAAUCGUGUUAUUCAUUUCUACUAAAAAACAAUCAUCGGGAUGCACUACAAGACUGGUUUCGUGGUGCUAUAGUUUCAAUGAAGUAUGAUGUGUUUAAAGUUGUGUAUGUAAGUGCGGAUGAUGCAUGGAGCUUUCAACACUACCCUCCUCAUAAGUUGUUGGAAAACCAAGUAUCCAAGGUUUUAGAGUGAUUUGAAUAUGUUAGGUAGACAAUUUUGUUAGUCAUGUUAGUUUCAUAUGAAAAGUAUAAUGAGAUGUAUGUACUUAUUUA